GAGAGGGCGGGUCCGGCCCGGCCCUGCCCUGCCGGGCCGAGGUGGUGCCGUGGAAAAAAAAGUUGUGGCGGCUUCAGAGCCGGGCGGUGAGAGCGCUGCGAGUACCUCGUAAAGCCGGCGGCUUCAGAGAAGCGCGGCCCCAGCUCAGUACUUCCUCCUGCUGAUAACAUCUCCGCCAGCGCUCGUCACGGGUGGCGGCCGCCGCCGCCGUCGCUGCCCUACUUGAAUCGGUUUCAGACUCCUCCCGAGGCGAGACGGGAGCGGGAGAGCGGCGAGGCGGGAGGGAGGAGGCGAUGCUCGGGGCCGCGCCGCUCCGCCCGGCCUCCUCCGCCCCGCGCAGAGCCAGCCGGGCGGCGGAGCUGCGGCUGGAGCCGGCAUGGGAACCUUAGGCAAGAGGAGAGAAAACCAGCAACCUGCCCAAGCAUGCAGCACUGCCCCUGAAUCAGCACUGGAGCUGCAGCAGGGCAGCCACUGUCACAGCCUCUCGAGUCAUACUCAGGUCAUGAUGGUGCCAUUGGGGCACCUAGCCAAAGGAGCCACUCUGGAAGACCUUCUUGAAACCUGCAUUCAGUCUUUUGAUUUAGAAGGAAAUGCAUGUCAAAACAACCAGCUGCUAAAAAUAAUUCUGGCCAUGCAUCAGUUUUUCAUCUCCUCUGCAGACAUGCUUCAGAAACUUGUUGAUCUCUAUCUUAAUGCUUUAGAAAAUAAUUCUUCCAUGCUGUGUGUGAAGAUCUGCUAUUUUGUGAGGUAUUGGAUUACAGAAUUCUGGAUUAUGUUCAAAAUGGACUCUAAACUAUCCACAGCUAUGGAGGAAUUUCAAGAAGUGGUUCGAGCUAAUGGUGAGGAGUUACAUUGUCGUCUAAUUGACACAUCUCAAAUAAAUUCUAGGGAUUGGUCUAGAAAGCUGACACAGCGUGUAAAGGCCAACACCAGUAAGAAAAGGAAAGUGUCACUUCUUUUUGAUCACCUUGAGCCAGAGGAGCUGUCAGACCACCUUACCUAUCUUGAGUUUAAGUCUUUCAGAAGAAUAUCAUUCUCAGAUUAUCAGAACUACAUUGUGAAUAGUUGUGUGAAAGAGAACCCAACAAUGGAAAGAUCGAUUUCUCUUUGCAAUGGUAUCUCUCAGUGGGUGCAGCUAAUGGUGCUCAGCAGACCAACACCACAGCUUCGGGCUGAAGUGUUCAUCAAGUUUAUUCAUGUUGCACAGAAGCUCCACCAGCUGCAGAAUUUCAACACAUUAAUGGCAGUGAUAGGAGGUCUCUGUCACAGUUCCAUUUCCAGGCUCAAGGAAACAAGCUCAUGUGUUCCUCAUGAUGUAAUUAAGGUGUUUAAUGAAAUGACAGAAUUGCUUUCAUCUUACAGAAAUUAUGAUAGUUACCGACGUGCCUAUAACGAGUGCAGUAACUUUAAGAUCCCAAUCCUUGGAGUCCACCUGAAAGACUUGAUAUCCCUUUAUGAGGGCAUGCCAGACUACUUGGAGGACAAAAAAAUUAAUGUAUACAAACUAUAUUCUCUCUAUAACCACAUAGAUGAGCUGAUACAACUCCAGGAAAUGCCACUUCCCCUGGAGGCUAAUAUGGACCUUGUUCACUUGCUUACACUGUCCCUUGAUCUUUACUACACAGAAGAUGAAAUUUAUGAACUUUCGUAUGCACGAGAGCCACGAAGUCACCGAGCUGCUCCUAUGACGCCUUCUAAACCACCCGUAGUUGCAGACUGGGCCUCAGGAGUGGCCCCAAAACCUGAUCCGAAAACCAUCAGCAAACAUGUUCAGAGGAUGGUAGAUUCUGUCUUCAAAAAUUAUGACCAUGAUCAGGACGGAUACAUUUCCCAGGAAGAAUUUGAAAAGAUUGCUGCCAGUUUCCCAUUUUCAUUUUGUGUAAUGGCUAAGGACUGGGAAGGUCUGAUUAGCAGAGAUGAAAUAACAGCUUACUUCAUGAGGGCUAGCUCAAUCUAUUCCAAAUUAGGACUUGGCUUUGCUCACAACUUCCAAGAGACCACUUACUUAAGGCCCACUUUCUGCGACAACUGUGCUGGAUUUCUAUGGGGAGUCAUUAAACAAGGAUACAGAUGCAAAGACUGUGGGAUGAACUGUCACAAGCAGUGCAAAGACCUGGUUGUGAUAGAGUGCAAGAGAAGACCCAAAACUUCAGUUGCAGACAGCAGCCCAACAUCUGCUCUUGCUUCAAGCCUCUGCCCAGUAGGAGUUAAAGAACAAUUCCCUGGACAAGAAGAAGGAUCAUUCACCUUUCCUAAUGGAGAAGUAGUGGAGCACAGUGAAGACAGCAAGGAUAGAACCAUUAUGCUCAUGGGUUCCUCAGCUCAGAAAAUCUCCGUGAGACUGAAACCAGCUGUGAUUCAUAAAAGUACACAGACUGAUCCUGUACUGCUGGCUGGUGAUGUAUCUCGUAAGCGGAGAGAGAAGAAAGAACACAGGAUGCCAGAAAAUCCCUAUCUCCAGGCAGCUCCAGUAUCCACGUUUCCAAGCCCAAUCCUAGGCCGCAGAAAGGCAUUUGUUAAAUGGGAAAACAAGGACUCCAGCCAGAAAAUGAAGGAGGAGCAGCACAGCUGUAAACCCUCAUACCAGGAACUUGAGCAGGAAAGGAAUAUUCUAAAGGCAGACAAUGAAGGUUUAAAGAUCCAGCUGGAACAGGCACACAAAACUAUUGAAUCUCUCACAAUCCAGAAAAGAAACAAUGUAGUUGAUGGUCUACAACACAGAGACUGCUCCUAGCAGAUGAGAGAAAAAUCUUCUAUGGAAUAGAAGAAUGUAUGACUGAAAGAGGGGCUGUGAUAAAGCUGCUUACCAAGUGAACUGGAGAGAGAAUCUGAAGGAUAUUAAGUGGAAAUGUUCUCUUCACUCAACACAUUUCCCUUUUAAACAUGCACUCCCAAAUGUAUAAAAUAAUUUUGACCUUGUAAGGAAAUUCUGCAUUAUCUGUGCAAUGAAACUAGUAUCUUCUGGGUUUGCUUUUAAAAGGAGUGAGAGUGUUGUUGAAGUCUCUAUUCCUGUUGAAGACCAUAUUGAUUUCCCUGUGACUUACUUGGCUGCCAGCAGCAUACCUUACUGUACAAAUGUUCUGAAAAAGUAGCUAUUCAUAAGACUGGGUCACCUCAAAUUUACUCCAAACUCAGUUUUAUACAAACAAAUGUUUCAUGAAGCUGAGUAAGUGGAACUGUAGGAAAACAAUUCCUUCUUGGAGCUGAAACCAAUUAAAAACAUUAAGUGAACGUCACAUUUAAUUCAAAAAUUAACGAGAAAAUUAAAGUAAGUAGCUAAGCUAAUGAUAUUUGAUUGAUCCAUACACUUUAAGAUAAACUGACAAAAUUUUUAAGCAUCUUUCAGAGCUUUAGAAGUUCUGCUGCUUAAACAAUUACCUUUAUUAAAGUAACAAGUGAGACUAUAGAGACUUGACAUUGAAUACUGCUUCCAUGCCAUGACUUGGAACAUUUAAUUCCACUUAUUUGGUUUAAGGGGUAACUUGUCCUUACAACAAGUUAUCCAUACAGUAGAUAUGGGACAAGAUUGAUUAUAUUUCUCUCACAUCAAAGUAGGUGCCAUUGUUGAGCACAACCUUUAGAGCCAUAUUAUGAGGGAAACUGUACAGCAAUCCCUGUGCAACAGCUACUGCAUUUCAGAGCUCCUAACAAGAUUUCUCCAUUUUCUCUCUCCUAGAUUUCACAUGCACUUUACAUAAAGAGUCAAGAUGAGUGUGCUCCUAUGUCUGUAAAUUUUGUAUAGUAAAAGGUGCAAGGGAGGUAACUUAAAGACACAAAGUGUAUAUAUUGUUAAGAGAAAAUAAAACAGUCUUUCAAGUUACUGAUAAAUCUACUUCUCAAAAUAGCCUAUUUGAAAAUUGCAUUUGCAUUCCAAGAGAAUAUGUACACUUAGAGUUGUAUAUUUGUCAUCACACAAACAUCAUAAACAAAGUCCACUUAAUGCUCAAUACUUCUAAAUUACCAGUUCCAUUAUACACUGAAAUUUAGUCAAUGACAAUAGUAUCUGCGCUUUGUGUUCAAAGUGGCAUAAAUAAACAUUCCAUCCACAAUUUACAGUCAUUAUCAACUAUACAAAUGCUUUAUUUAUGAAGUUAAUUUGAAUGUACUUGCCAGUUUAGUGAUUCAAAAUUGUCUGGAAAUUGGAUUGUGCUUGCAACUCUCUGUAUAAGUAAAAACAAAUGGAGGGGAAGAGUAGUAGUAGUAGAUUUUCUGUAACAUUACUGUAAAUAACUGAAAUGCAUAUAAAAAACAGCUCUGAAGACUGUGCAGCUUUUUAAACUCGUACACUAAACCUGAAUUAACAAGUAACAUGGGAUUGCACUUUGGUCAGUGAGGCAAUCAGAAUGGCUGUCAGGUCAUGUCUGCAAACUUGUAGGCAUUUAGCAAAUAAAUGUCUGUUUCUACAACUAUUAUGAUAAAAGUUGAAUAUAUUUUCACUUAUUUAAAAGAUACCCCAGAGGAGCAGCUAAGCCUCAUAAAUUUUGUUGUACAGCCAAGGUAAGUGCUCACUGGUGGUCCAAACUCUGGAUUUGAAUAGAAUUUGUGUGUAUACAUAAUCUUUGUCUAUGAUGGAAUGUGGAGUUCAUGAACAUAACCUCGUAGUUAAAAGCAAAAUGCCCUAACAUGAGCAGCUAGCCCAAAGGCUACUGUAUACCUAACUACUUAAUACUCCAAACUGAGUUAUGACCACAGAUUUGUACAGUCCUAAGUGUUAAGUUAAUGUUUCUCUGUGACGAUUGCUUGUUAUUUAAAAAGGAGCUGUUUGCAGGAAUGUCGUUCAGAACAAGUGUGCAGUGCUUCAUGUGUGCUGAAAACUUCCUGCUUCAAAGAAGUCAGCUGAUACCUGGAUAACUUCAGAGCUCUCUACGUACCUUCAGGUUCUCUAUUUGCCUAAAGCCCCUAAGUUGUCUCCUUCCUCACCACUCAACCCCCCCACCUUUUUUUUUUAUUUUCUUUUUUUUUUCCCUAAAGUGCUGUUAGUCCCUUCUUUUCUUCUGGGACUUCCUUUUUCCCGUAUGAAAGACUUAACAGUGGAACCUGACUACAGGGAAACUGUUAAAACUGACAAUGCUACCCAGAAAGAAUCACUUGCCUUUGAGUUAAUCUUCAAGUUGCCUUAUGUUAGGAAAAAGAGACACAAUUAAAAGUGCUGUUUAGAAGUCAUGUUAUCAAACAGUGAUACUGAAAUUUACCUUGUCAUGGCUAAGUCAAAUGGAAACCCUGUUCUCAAAUGGAACUUCCUCCUCUAGGUCCAGCUCUACUUACAAGAAGGCAGAAAGAACAAACUUCAUUCCCCAUUAUUUUUUAAGUGUGAAUUCGGAUUGUUUAAAGUAAAUAGACUGAGUAGUAUCAUAAUUUACAAGGCAGGGCUACUGUUCAUAUUCAGGUUAAAUACAAUUGCUGUUAGAUUAUCUCAUAUAUGUUUUGGAAAUAUGUUUUUGUUCUAGCAGCAUCUGUUAUUUUGUUGUAACUGACCUCCAUGGCAACUUGAAAAAGUUUAAUGCUGUCUGAGAAGAUUGAAAAAGUGUACAGAUUGUAAAGAUUUUAUAUAAAUAGUAAGACUUUGGUUUAAUAUUUAUGAUAGAAAAAUAUUAAAAUUUCAUUUCAUGCUGCCUCUGA